GAGUGCGUACACGACAUAAGUCUAGAAUUCGGUUGUUAAUGAUGAUAUGAUUGAUGAUAAUUAAAUGAUUGAUAAAACAAGGUAAAAAAUGACCAUACCAGAAUUACGCAACCAGGAUCAUGCAACCAGAAUCAUGCAACUAGAAUUAUGCACGGUUCUCAUGAUCAAUAUUGAUACUGUAAUAACUCGUGUUCUCGCGCUCUUUCGUUCUAUUAUUAAUUUGAUGAAAAAUGAUGACGCGGUUAUCCAGAAAACAUACAUUAUUCUGAAAACAUAUUCUGAAAACAUAUUCUGAA